AGUCCCCGUUAUCUGUUGUGUUUACAUAGAAUGCUAAAACCCGUGACACUGUUUCGCUAUCGGUUGAAGGGAAUAGCUUGUCUUUUAGCGAAAACUAUGGCAUCUGGUGCGGAGGCAAAAAACGCUUCCAGUAUUUACGAGUUUUCUGCAAAAGAUAUUGAUGGGAACGAGGUUUCUCUUGAAAAAUACAGGGGCCAUGUAUGUUUAAUCGUGAACGUGGCAUGUAAGUGAGGUAUGACGGACUCCAACUACACUCAGCUAGCUAAACUGCACGCCAAGUAUGCUGAGGAAAAGGGUCUGAGGAUCUUGGUCUUUCCUUGUAACCAAUUUGGGGGACAGGAACCUUGGCCCGAGCCCAAAAUUAAGGAGUUCACUCAGAAAUAUAGCACUGGGUUUGAGCUCUUUAGUAAAAUUAACGUCAACGGAGGGGAUACUCACCCCCUCUACAGUUACCUGAAGAAAAAGGCGGGAGGUACACUUGGGGAUUUUAUCAAAUGGAACUUUACUAAGUUUCUAGUUGACAAAAAUGGCAUCCCUGUGAAACGCUAUGCCCCCAAUACAGAACCAUUUGAGUGUGAAAAAGACUUCGAGAAGUAUUGGUAAAUCAUUGCAAUGUCCCAGGUCAUUGUCCCAUGCAUAUCAUUCCCAUUGAAACCUCAACAAAACUUUCCAAUGCAACUUUCAAUUUCAACUGCUGUAUAUUGAAGGUUUACUGUUUUUAUUAUGACACUGAAAGUUUGUACAUGGACUUGCUAAUUGUUUUAUAUACAGAUGAGUGAAAAUUAAGUGGAUUUUUUUACUGCCAAAUAUAUGUCUUGUGUAUUUGUGAAUGCGUUAUCUGCAUAUUUGUAUAAUAUUUUAAUGGAAAUCCCCAAUGUUCACAUUAUUCUAUUGUAAACAGAUACUUAAGCCUUCAGUCUUUUGCCUAAUUGUUGAAGAUGUUUUGUUAUUUACACUUAACAUAAUUGGUGCUUAGGGACAUUCAAAAAGAUUUCAGUAAAAUCUGAUCUUAAUGAGAGACAAUUUGCCGUUUAAGAAAGAUAAUAGCAUGUAGCAUGUAUUAAAAACAUUCCUGGGAUGAAUUGGUAACUUCAGAAAUUGUCUAAAGGUCAUAAAUCACCUUGUGUUUCAAACUGUUUUGCUUAAAAGAAUUUAGCAUGAAAAUAUUAAUGUCUGGUAAAAUUGUUUUGAGGUUAAGUUUUUUAACUAUUUUUCAACAGAAAUAUAAUGAUUUCACGUGGACAUUUUCGAUGGGGUGGUGAUGGGUGGCAGGCAAUGCAGUUGAUAAUACCCCUAUAAAUAUAUUCUUUAUAGGAACUUUGUUUGUAUCAGCCAUGGACUUUUCAAUAUUCUUGUGACAUGAGAAUGGCUUGAUUUUUUCUUUUCAAUUUAAAAAUGUUUUAAUGAAGCUUAUGUAGCUGUAGUUAAGAAAGGCUUAAUGAAGUUUUGCCUGGGUACUUCCUGUUCUAACAAUCCAGUGUGGGUGCAUCAAGAUCACUUACAUGUAGGCUUAGCCAAUUUUUAUUUAUAUAAUUUGUAACAGCUCAGGUUAAAUAAACUUUUAACCCAUUUAUGCCUAGCGUAUAGAAAAAAGGCCUUGGCAAACAGCAUAGACCCAGAUGAGACGCCGCAUGAUGCGGUGUCUCAUCAGAGUCUGUGCUGUUUGCUUAAAGGAAUUUCUGUAAGAAAUAUUCUAAAUAUAGAAAUAAAUAUACUAGACAUCCCUAAUUUUGGAAAUAAAUUGAUCCAAUUUAGAAGGAUAGCAGAGUCCACUAGGCAUAAAUGUGUUAAUAUUGUUUGUCAAGAUUGUCUUAUUACAUCUAUGUGUCUAAAAUUUUGAAAAUGUUUGUUAAUGUUAUUAUAUUUUAUGCAUACAAAUAGUGAAUAUUUGAAAUGUCAUUGUGUUGUUGAACAUUGGAGUAUGACAUUUCUAAUUAUUAAAACUCAAGUUACACUGUACUUCAAUAUCUCCAAUGAAGAUGCAUGAAACAAGAAAUACAAUUAUUCUUAUGAUUUUUUAUUAGAAAUCAAGUUUUUUAAAUAUACUUUAGAUAACAAAAUAAGGAAAAAAUGUAAUUGGUACAGAAAAUGAAAUCUGAAUUGGAUAAAUUUAGCAGUAUGAAAUGAUUUGAGACCCACCCCUCUCACACCCACAAACACACUACUACCUUAUGUUUGCAAUAAUUUUGUUGGUGCUUUUCAUGUACCUGAACCUGACUGGUUUUAAGUUGUUGUAUUCAAAUCCUCUAGUUCCUACACUUUUUAUGUCCCCCACUAUAGUAGUGGGGGACAUAUUGUUUUUGCCCUGUCUGUCUGUCUGUUGGUCUGUACGUUGGUCUGUUUGCGCCAACUUUAACAUUUUGCAAUAACUUUUGCUAUAUUGAAGAUAGCAACUUCAUAUUUGGCAUGCAUGUGUAUCUCAUGAAGCUGCACAUUUUGAGUGGUGAAAGGUCAAGUUCAAGGUCAUCCUUCAAGGUCAGAGGUCAAAUAUAUGUGGCCCAAAUCGCUUAUUUUAUAAAUCCUUUUACAAUAUUGAAGAUAGCAACUUGAUAUUUGGCAUGCAUGUGUAUCUCAUGGAGCUGCACAUUUUGAGUGGUGAAAGGUCAAGGUCAAGGUCAUCCUUCAAGGUCAGAGGUCAAAUAUAUGUGGCCCAAAUUGCUUAUUUUAUGAAUACUUUUGCAAUAUUGAAGAUAGCAACUUGAUAUUUGACAUGCAUGUGUAUCUCAUGGAGCUGCACAUUUUGAGUGGUGAAAGGUCAAGGUCAAGGUCAUCCUUCACAAGAUCAAGGUCAUCCUUCAAGGUCAAACAUCAUAUAGGGGGACAUUGUGUUUCACAAACACAUCUUGUUCCAAGCUUCAUUCACAUUUAGUAUGCUUAAGUGUAAUGCAAUAACUACAGCUUUUUGCAUAAAUUGCCCCAAGCUUGCUUUUAAUGCAAAACGCCAUACAAGCACAAGAUAUAUAUACCAUGUUUGUCAAAGAAACCAAAAAAUGAUUUUACUAUGUUGUCUAGGUUUAAUAGAUGUUUCGUUGUUUAAUAUGUUUUGAAUAUGUUGUAUUUUACAUGUAUACAUUAAUUUUGUUUGCAUAACUGAUUGGUUGCUUAAGGAGAGAUAUGCAGUAGACUUUAUGACGAGAAAUUUCAUAAACCAGUUGAUCCUGGGGAAAUUUUUCUGAUUCUUCAUUGGCGUGCAGAACUGUCUAGUUGCGUACCUCAAUUUUCUUUAAUUCGUCAGUUUUGAAAACAAAAUAAUGUUACACUAGUUUGUUUUAUUGUUUGCAUAUGUUUGUGCCUAUGUUGUUUCAAACUGUUUGAUUGGAUCAUGUUAUGUUGUACAAUGAUUUUGUGGAGAUAGCCGUAAGAUGUGAUAAAAUUAUAAGGGAAAUAUUUCAGGGAUAAUACACAAUGAAGAUAUAGAUAUCAAAAUAAGUAUUUAUUAUGGAUGCUUUAUUUACACUCUUAUUUCCGUAUUUAUAAACAGCGGACCAGUGUGUAACAUGUAUUGCGAUGUAAGUGACUUAACCCUUACAAUGCGGGAACCGAAUUUGUAAGGCCUUUGCAAACAGUUUGGAUCCAGAUGAGACGCCACAGAACGUGGCGUCUCAUCAGGAUCUAAACUGUUUGCUAUUCUGAUAGUAUUCUUUGAAAAAAAUCGAAGAAAAUGCGAAUUUUAUAAAUUCAGCAGACAACAUUUUAGCAGACGACAAAUUUCCCAGCAUGCAAAGGGUUAACUUCUGAUGUCUAAGACCAAUCAGCAACCAUAGAUCACUGUUUUGCAUAUAUCGUUUUAUUAGGUAGCAAUAUUUUAAAAAUAUAUUAAAAUUCUUAUGUACCCUUAAUAUUUUCCACAAAUUUGAAAAUUUUGAUCCAACAUUUUUUACUGAAACUAAUAUUCCAAUUAAAAUGAAAUGCAUUAAAUCAAGCAGAUGUCAAUAUACCCGGUACUUGUUAUGUGUGUUUCAUCAGCAUAAAGUUUUGAAUAUCUUUGUAUGCUUUAUUACUGAACAGUUUUGUGCAUGUACAGCUGUUAUUAUCAACCACUAUUCAGUAUUUGCUAAUAAACAGGAUAGUUUCGAAAGGAAAA